UGGAAGUGUCAGUCCGAAGUCCAGUUGCCUGCUGGUUUAGUGCUAUGCUUUGUUGCUUUGGUGGUUCAGUUUUGUCUUCGCUGAUGCUUGCAGAACCUCCGGUGGCAUUUUUGGCAAAGGGCACGAAUAUUCUUCUGGCAUCUUCGAUCUGGUAUCUUGUGUUUUACUGCCCCCAAGACAUAUUCUACCGGUGCUUUGCCUUUCUGCCUCUGCGGCUUCUGGUUGCAGGAAUGAAAGAAGUGACUAGGACUUGGAAGAUAACAGCUGGCAUUGCACAUGCAGACAGUCACUUCAAAGAUGCCUGGCUUGUCAUGGUAGCUGUGGGCUGGGCCAGAGGAGCUGGUGGUGGCCUAAUUUCCAACUUUGAGCAGCUGGUGAGAGGAGUGUGGAAACCUGAAACCAAUGAACUCCUGAAGAUGUCCUACCCUGUGAAGGUAACCUUGAUAGGAGCUGUUCUUUUCACCCUGCAACACAGCAAGUACUUGCCAAUAGCAAGACAUAGCCUCAUGUUUUUCUACACCAUCUUUCUGGUAGUCUCCAAGGUAACAAUGAUGCUGAGAAGAUCUUCAGCUUCUCCAUUUGCUCCUUUUGAGGCUGCAUUAGGCUAUAUGUUCUUUGGCUUGCAAAAGACGCCCUCCAAAGGGAAGGGUGAAGGGGCUGCAUCUUCCAAUGGCUCUUCAGUCUGUGACCGGUCCUCUGAACAACACACUGAUGGCGUUAAGAAAAGACAAGCAAAGAAAACAGAAUAAGUCUCUUAAAAUCCUUGAUGGCCAUAACCUGUG